AGAACCCUGACCUGGUCCAGCUGCUCGAGGUUGGGUUCUCUGUGAAGGGUCAACCUAUCCUGGGAGUUUCAGUUACUUCAGGAGUUCUGAACAGAACCAGACUCAGGCCAAUGGUGAAGUAUAUUGGUAAUAUACAUGGUAAUGAACCGGUAGGUCGGGAACUAUUGGUUCAUCUUCUCCAGGUUCUAGUUCGAGGAUACAGGCAGAGAGAACCAAGGAUAUUCAACCUUCUAGAGCACACUAAUAUAACAAUAAUACCAACGAUGAACCCGGACGGAUUUGAUAGAAGCAAGGAAGGAAAAUGCUUUGGUGGUGACUAUAAGACUGGAAGGUAUAACGAAGGGAGGAAGGAUUUGAAUCGUGAUUUUCCAACAUGGCGGGAUACUAACAAGAGCUUAAACCAGAACAUGAAGGGCAGACAACCUGAAACUAAGGCUUUAAUGAAAUUGAUAACCUCUGAACCUUGGGUUCUAUCAGCAAACUUCCAUGGAGGUGCUGUGGUGGCCUCAUAUCCUUACGAUGAUUACAGGAGUACAAGACAGAGUGGAGUUUCUAAAUCCAGAGAUCAUUCAUUUUUCAAGCACCUCGCGGAAACAUACGCAAACAACCAUCAAACUAUGCGGGAUAAUUCAAAAUGCAGAAGCUGGAAUUUUAAGAAUGGAGUAACUAACGGGGCUGAUUGGUAUGCUUUAGUUGGAGGUAUGCAGGACUUUAAUUAUCUUUUCUCCAACGGAAUGGAGAUCACACUGGAGGUUUCCUGCUGCAAAUAUCCUAAAAAGGAUCAUCUUAACAAAUUAUGGGAAGAGAAUCGGGACAGCUUGUUUGCAUAUAUAGAACAGGUUCAUAGAGGUUUCAAGGGUUUAGUGCUCAGGAACCAAAUUCCAGUUAGUGAUGCAAUAGUACAGGUAUACAAUCUGCAGUCUGGAGAGCAGACUAGAGAUGUUCAUAGUUCAGAACUAGGAGAAUAUUGGAAACUACUCUUACCAGGACAAUAUAGAAUACGAGGAGUAAAGAAGGAUUGUAGUAGAGACGGGUUCAUGUAUUCCUCGGAUUUUAUUCAGGUGAAUGUGACUGGGUUACAGCCUUUGGUUCGAGGCGAUCUGGUUUUGGAUAAAAGAGAAGAAUGUACAAAAAGUAAAAAUGAAGAAGAAUGGAUAAAAUUAUAGUUCUGUAAUAUUAACUCCGUGCACUCGUCUCUUAAAUAUCAUACUUUGUGGUAUUACCCUGUAUUACUAUUAAACAUACAGAUGAAAUUUAAAACAUAACAUAACAGAAAUAUAAAUAAAUAAAAUGAUCAACCAU